CUCUUGGCACACAUUUUGCUACAUCGGAACACCUGGCACGGUCGAGUUGACAAUCAUUUAUUUAACUUACGCAAGUCGGGGACAUAUAGCUACUUCCUAACUCACACGCUUUCUAAUCAGUCUAUGUACUCCACUAUCAAUUCAAGGUUGUAUAUGCAUCCCACACUGUGCGUUUUCGAUCGGAUUAAAUGGUGCUGAACGGAGACAUGACGAGUAGUCAGGCCAAACUCGCCGUUGAUGAGUCUGCGGUCAAAAGGAAAACACCCGGGGUCAUCACGAGGAAUCUGGUGGUCAUCGUCGUCGUCUUGGCUCUCAUCAGCGUGGGCCUCAUCGUAGCAACCGUUAUAAUCGCAUCAGAUCGAGAUAAUCUGUCCACGAAAUUACGAUCAUAUACCAACCAUCAGCACUCACCGUGUCCUGAGCCAGAACAAUGUCUAACGCCCUCUUGUGUCAAAGCAGCUGCAUCGUUUAUAGAUAACAUGAACACGGAUGUCAAGCCAUGUGAUAAUUUCUUUGAGUAUGCCUGCGGUGGGUGGACCGAGAAGAACGUCAUCCCAGAAUACAGAAGUGCAUUCUCAUCAUUCUCAAUACUGCGAGAUAAACUACAAAUCACCCUCAAAGCCUUAUUUGAGGAAGAUAUUAAGCCCAGUGAGACAGAAUCCGAGAAGAAAGUCAAACACUUUUAUUCAGCGUGUAUAGAUACAGCCAGAAUAGAAGAGCUCGACGACGCGCCCAUUCGCGACCUCCUCCACAGCCUCGGGGGAUGGCCGGUUCUCGGGGACACCCACGGUGGUCGAUGGAACCAUUCCGAUUUCGAUUUCAUCUGGUUGCUAGGGACGCUCGUCAGCAAAUACAGCAACUCCAUGCUCAUCGAACCGUACAUCGGUGUCGACGAUAAGAAUGCUUCAAGAUAUAUCUUACAGAUCGACCAAUCCAGUCUUGGAAUUUCUAGCCGAGAAUAUUUCUUGAACACAGAGAAACAUGAAAAGGUUCAAAACGCCUACAUUAAGCUUAUGGUGACGAUAGCUACAUUACUCGGAGCAGACGAACAAACCGCUCAGACAGAGAUGAGAGAUGUGUUUGCUUUUGAGACAGAACUUGCCAAUAUAACUGUACCCCCGUCGGAGAGAAGAGAUAGUGAUGCCUUGUAUAAUCCUACAACCCUUACCGGCUUGACUCAAGACUACCCACAGGUUAACUGGACAAGAUUCUUUGACAUCGUGCUACCGAAUGUGAGUAAACCCUUAGCAGAUGACGAAGUUAUUAACAACAGAGAACCGGAAUUUAUUACAGAUGUCAUAGCACUCAUUCACAGGACUCCAAUUCGAAUCCUCGCCAAUUACAUGAUUUGGAGAAUAACAAAAUUACGAGUGGUCAAUCUCAGCAAACGAUAUCAGGCACCAAACGACGAGUUUCGCUCCGUCAUCUACGGCGUCGGAGCAGACGACGCGAGGUGGCGACUUUGCGUAGAUGGUGUCAACGGCGCCUUAGAGUUCGCCACGGGCAAGAUGUACGUUAAGGAGAAUUUCGCCGGGGAGAGCAAAAACAAUACUCUUUUGAUGAUCAAAUAUCUGAAACGAGCGUUCAAAGAGAUGUUGAAGGAGAACGAGUGGAUGGAUGACGAAACACGGGCAGUGGCUGCUGAAAAGUGUGAUGCUAUGCAAGAGCUAGUCGGAUAUCCGGAUUGGCUAUUCGACGAUGACCGGCUGAACGAGGAGUACGAAGACCUUGAUUUCACGGCAGACGAUUAUUUCGGUAACAUUCUUCGUUACGUCGGCUGGUCGGCGAACGAGAAUUUGAAGAAGCUACGAGAAGAAGUGGACCGGGAUGGGUGGUUAAUUGGUCCCGCUGUAGUAAAUGCAUACUAUCGAUCAAACCAAAUCGUAUUCCCCGCCGGUAUUCUCCAGCCGCCAUUUUAUCAUUCUGAUCUGCCAUGGUAUCUGAAUUUCGGCGGCAUUGGGAUGGUCAUCGGACACGAGAUCACACACGGGUUCGACGACAGAGGGAGACGAUAUGACAAGGAUGGUAACUUAGUCCAGUGGUGGAGUAACAGCUCGAUCGAAGCAUUUAAAAGCAGGGCCGAAUGUAUAGUAGAUCAGUACUCGGCAUACAUCAUGCCUGAAAACGAUAUGAAUCUUAAUGGCAAGAUGACGCAAGGAGAAAAUAUAGCAGACAACGGAGGCAUUAAACAAGCAUUUAGGGCAUAUAAGACAAUAGUAGCCGACACGGGUGAGACACCGCCCACACUCCCGGGGUUAGAUAUGACGCAGGAACAACUAUUUUUCCUCAGCUUCGCUCAGGGAUGGUGUAGUUCAUUUAGACCAGAAGGUCUUACGGCAAGGAUAUUAACUGCGUCACAUGCUCCUGGAAGAUACAGAACGAUUGGAUCUGCGCAAAACAUGCCUGAAUUCGCCGAGGUAUUCGGGUGCACUAAAGACGACUACAUGGUACCCAAUACAACCUGUACGGUUUGGUGAAGUCACGGUCUGGUCGCAAGACUACAAACUCAACCAUUGUCAGGGAAUUGUGACGUCACAAACUUGCGAGUCUCAUUGAUGCAGAGUGAAAACGGGAAGCAACAAAUUGGAGUGUGAAAAAGGGACAAGAGAAAGAGAGAGAGAGAGAAACAAGUUCGAAACGAGCUUUUAGUGAAUGUGCUACGAACAUUUCAUCGACCAUGAAUAUCAAAGUUAUCAAACACGGAAACAAAGCGAACGAGAAUGGACUGUAACAGUUAUUUACACAAUUACAUUUAUUUCAAGAUGAAAAAAAAACACAAGAUAAACUGAAACAAUGGAGACGCUAAAUAUGCCUUACACACAUACACCCACACACGCACAAACAAAAAACCCUAUGCUAAAGAAUUUGGACUAUUAACUCCAUCGAUAAAGAAUGUUGUUUUAUGAGAAUGAUGUUUGCAAUUAUACGAUUAAUGAUUCUUAUUAGAUUGAUGCUGA